AUGCUCCCCUCCCAGCUCAACAGCUCGCCGAAGCGUGCCAACCCAUUUGGGCGCUCUUCACCGUCGCCGGCGCCGCAGACACAGACGCGGCCUAAAUCUGCCAUCAUAACUCCGUCGAAUGGAAUAGAGUCGGCGAGAGGGCAUCUCCGAAACGCAUCAGUCUCGCAGAUUACUCCGAAUCGGUCUCCAGCAUCAAACCGUGAACGGUCAAACUCUGCACGCAAAGAUGUAUCCUCGGGAACAUUUGCCCCAAGCUUUAUCAAAUCGGAAGAACUACGAAGGGGCGCGGAUCAAAUUCGGGGCCUGGAAGGUAAUAAUGACUUCUCGGGAAACAAAUACGUGUGGCUGCGAGAUACCGAAAAGGCAUUUGUGCGCGGGCUAGUACUGGAAGAAUUAGAGGGAGGUCAGCUGUUGGUACAAAGCGAAGAUGGUGAGCAGCGGGAAGUGGAUGCCGAUCAGGUCGACAAGGUCAACCCGGCCAAGUUCGACAAGGCAGAUGAUAUGGCGGAGCUGACCCAUCUGAAUGAGGCCUCCGUGGUCCAUAAUUUACACACUCGAUAUCAGUCGGACUUGAUUUAUACAUAUUCCGGACUGUUCUUGGUGACGAUCAAUCCCUAUUGUCCGCUUCCAAUUUACACGAAUGAGUAUGUGAAGAUGUACAAAGGUCGUGGAAGGGAAGAAACUCGGCCGCAUAUUUUCGCGAUGGCAGACGAGGCUUUCCGCAACCUUGUAGAGGAGGGAGAAAACCAGAGUAUUCUCGUGACCGGUGAAUCCGGCGCUGGUAAAACUGAGAACACGAAGAAGGUUAUUCAGUACCUGGCUGCCGUCGCGACUUCCGAUACACCGUAUGCUCGAUCUGGGACAAAGCCGCUUUCCAACCUGUCCCAGCAAAUUCUUCGCGCAAAUCCCAUCCUCGAAGCGUUUGGAAACGCCCAAACAGUCCGCAACAACAACUCCUCUCGUUUCGGCAAGUUCAUCCGAAUUGAAUUCUCGCGGUCUGGUCAAAUCUGUGGCGCAUGGAUUGACUGGUACCUGCUCGAGAAAUCACGAGUGGUCAAGCCCAACUCCAAUGAGCGGAAUUACCAUGUCUUCUAUCAACUGCUGCAAGGCGCAGAUCGGAAGACUCGCGAAAAGCUCUUGCUCCAAGACCUCCAAAUCGAAGACUUCUCGUAUACAAGGCAUGGCAACGAUUCGAUUGUGGGAGUGUCGGAUAGGGAUGAGUGGAAUUCGCUGAUUGAGGCCUUCCAUGUCAUGAACUUCUCGGAGGAAGACCAGCUUUGCAUUAUGCGCACCAUUGCUGCUGUGCUGCACCUGGGAAAUGUUACUGUGGCCAAGGAAAGCGUACGUGCCGACCAAGCCACCCUAGCCCCCGAUGGAUACGCGAGCGUGGAGAAGGCUUGCCAGCUUUUGGGCAUUCCCUCCCAAUCUUUUGUGAAGGGCUUGCUGCAUCCGAGAGUAAAGGCUGGUCGCGAGUGGGUGGAGAAAGUACAGACACCUGAUCAAGUGCGGCUGGCCUUAGAUGCAUUAUCUAAGGGUAUCUACGAGCGUGGCUUUGGUGAUCUGGUUACCCGUAUCAACAAUCAGCUUGGUCGUUCGAUGGCCGACGAUAAUUACUUCAUUGGUGUACUCGAUAUUGCUGGAUUCGAAAUUUUCGAGAACAACAGUUUCGAACAACUCUGUAUCAACUACACCAACGAAAAGCUCCAGCAGUUUUUCAACCACCAUAUGUUUGUUCUCGAGCAAGAGGAAUAUGCCAGGGAGCAAAUUGAGUGGCAGUUCAUUGACUUUGGCAAGGACUUGCAGCCAACCAUUGAUUUGAUCGAGUUGACCAAUCCCAUUGGUAUCUUCUCCUGCCUUGAUGAAGACUGUGUGAUGCCCAAAGCUACGGACAAAUCUUUCACCGAGAAACUCCACUCACUCUGGGAUCGCAAGACUUCCAAGUAUCGUGCUUCUCGUCUUAAUCAGGGUUUUGUUCUCACUCACUAUGCCGCCGAGGUGGAGUACGCCACUCACGACUGGUUGGAGAAGAACAAGGACCCCAUGAAUGACAACAUCACUCGUCUUCUGGCAGCAUCCGGUGAGAAGCACAUCGCGGAUCUAUUCGCGGAUUGCGCCGAGCCCGAAGAAGGUGGCGAUUAUCCUCGGAGUCGGGUGAAGAAGGGAUUGUUCCGGACAGUGGCUCAAAGACACAAGGAACAACUUUCUAGUCUAAUGAUGCAGCUUCAUUCCACUCACCCUCACUUCGUACGUUGCAUAUUGCCAAAUCACAAGAAACGUCCGAAGAUGUUGCAUGCACCUCUGGUUCUGGAUCAACUACGAUGCAAUGGUGUACUGGAAGGAAUCCGCAUUGCCAGGACUGGCUUCCCCAACCGGCUUUCCUUCGCUGAGUUCCGUCAACGAUACGAGGUGCUCUGUCAGAAUAUGCCGAAGGGUUAUCUGGAGGGACAGAGUGCAGCCCAGAUCAUGUUAGAGAAGCUCGGCAUGGACAGGGCCUGGUACCGUGUUGGACGGACCAAGGUUUUCUUCCGGGCAGGAGUUCUGGCCGACCUAGAAGAAAAGCGAGACCAGCUUAUCCGAACCAUUAUGACUCGCUUCCAGUCUGUCGCCCGAGGUUUCGUUCAGCGUCGCAUUUCCAACAAGCGCCUCUACCGUGCUGAGGCCACCCGAAUCAUCCAACAGAACUUCCAUGCCUACCUCGAGCUCAAGGGUAGCCCUUGGUGGCGUCUUUUCUCCAGAAUGAAGCCUCUAUUAGGAGAUACACGAACCGCCAAGGAAGUGAAGAAAAGAGACGAUAAGAUCAAAGAGCUUGAGACCAAGAUGAAGCAGGAACUUUCUGACCGGCAAAAGCUGGAUGAGGAAAGACGACGAACCGAGCUUGAGAUUCAUAAGAUCCAGCAGACAUUGGAAAGCGAACGUGCCCUCGCUCUUGACAAAGAAGAUAUUUUCAGGCGCCUGCAAGAUCGCGAAGGCGAACUCUCAGAGAAACUCUCAGAAGCCAUUGCUGAUCAAGAAAAGCUUGAGGAACAACUCGAUGAUCUGGUUGAUGCAAAGAAAAAGACGGAUGAGCAACUGCAGCUGCGAAUCACCCAGCUGGAGCAGGCCGGUCUGAUCAUCCAAAAGCUGGAGUCCGAGAGGAAUCAUCUACAAGGCCGGUUGGAGGAGCUUGAUGCUCGGCUUGCCGGGAUGGAGGGUCAAUUCUCUGGGAAAGAGGACCAGAUCCAGGAACUUGGUCAAGAAAUCAAGAUGCUCCAAAGUCACCUCAGUUUGAAGGAUCGUAAGCUCCAGGACCUGGAAGCGAAGCUACUGAAAACCGAUCAGGAUCUUGAUGUCAAACUUGCCAACACUUCGAAGGAACUCGACAAAUCAAAGAAACAACUGCGUGAUGCAUUGACUGAGAACCAAUCCAUCCGCCACCAGAUUGCCGACCUCUCUUCAACCACCACUAGCUACGAGGACCUUCUCCGGCGCAAGGAGAGUGAAAUGGCCGUUCUUCGCAACGACGCAAAGAAGCACGAUGAAGAUAAGCGAGGCAUGGAAGCUGAGAGGAAGUCUCUUACCACUCGACAUGACAACAUGCAAAGCCGUCUUCGCGAAGUCCAAGCUGAGCGAGACGCCAUGCGGUCUGAAAAGACCCAACUUGAGCGAGAAGCCGCAGAUGUCAAGCGGCUGCUCGAAGAGAAGAGAUCUGAGGAUGCUGAAGCUGGUGAAAGCAGGAAGUUGCUGGAACAGCAAGUUAACGAUCUCAAGGGCCAGCUUUUCCGGGCCGAAGCAGACCUAAGCCGGGAGCGCCAGUCCAGAGACGAUGUUCAGAUGCUUGCUGAGCAUAAUAUUGCCGAGCUGACCGAGAAGUACAACUCGCUCAACGAUUCCAAGAUUGAGAUCGAAAAGGAGAUGUACAUUCAGCAAGACAGCCUUCGUCGCGCCACUGAAACUCGAGUUGCCGCCGAGAACUCGCGGAAAGAUCUGCAAUCGGAAUUGAUCAAGCUUCGAGAACGAUUUACCGCUGUCGAAAAUGCUCGCUUGAAUGCGGAGGCUGAAAUCGAACGCAAUAUCAAGAACCAGUCCGAGGAACGCCUCAUGAGCAUGCGAAACGAUCUUAAGGAGAAAAUACAACUCCUCGAGGAUCUUGAGGCAGAACGAUAUCAGCUUGCGGUCCGAGUGCAAGAAUUGGAGCAUGCCAUUUCAGAAUCCGACAACUUCCGUCUUCGUCAUGACCAGCAUAAAGAACGCCUUGAAAGGGAACUAGUAAUCUUGAAGGGUCGACUGACAGCAUCUGAGAACGAUAAUCGAUCUCUCCUUACGAAGAUCCAACAAAAGAAUCUUGACAUUGCUCGUUCGAACUCCAAGGCCAGCGAUAAUAAUCGACUCCGGCUGACAAAUCUCCAAAAGGAGAAGACUAAGCUCGAGGAGGAGAACAAGAGGCUUGAGAAACAGCUUGGAGAUUCGCAGCUCGCCAUCACGUCUCUUGAGAAGCAGAAGGAAAAGCUGUCUUUGAGCCUGGAGGAUCUGAACCAUGAGGUCAACCGGGAGCACAAGAACAGUCGCAAUGCUGAGAAAGCUGCUUCCACAGCCAAUCUUCAGCUCGCAGAAGUCAAUCGGAACCUUGAAAAUGAACGGCAGCUACGGGGUCAGGCCCAAGCAAACACGCGACAGCUACAGGGCACCCUGGACAGGUCAAAUAAGGAAAUUGAAGAUCUGCAUCGCCAAUUGAUUCUUUUGCACAGAGUCUUUGAGCCCGAGGCUUCCGAGCCCACCAAGUCUUGGGAGGCCGUCCAACCGCACUUGUCCAAGCAAGUUGACCUCGCGCAAGUACUUGACACUGUGCAACACAAGCUCCAGGUCACGGAGGAGAAAUACAUGCGGGCUGAAAGCCAGCUUUCAGAGAUGCGUCGCCGCCAUGCAGACGAGAUUAAGGAAUUAGAUUCAAGAUACUCGUCCUCGAAGCGCGCCUUGCUUGAAGAGAUUGACCAGAAUGAAGUGGCCAACAACCGGGCACCCACCCACUUUAGGAAGAAUUCCGAGAAUGCUCUGAAGAGAAUAUCCAACCCUUCGACGCCGAACAAACGAUACAAUAAUGUGUACGAAGGUGCAAACGACUCGGCUCGGUCAGAUAGAACGGUUGAUACCGUGGGCUACCAGAGGCGGAUGGACACAGCGGCCGAAAUCGAGGAGCUCCAGAACAAGCUCCAAAUGACUGAAAUGCAGAACAAGCACCUUCAGAGCCAACUUCAGCAGUCCACUCCAUCUCGGGAUAUCUGGCAGGACGAGAGCCCUUCGAUCCGUCGCAUGCAGCUCUUGGAGCGUGAAAAUGGUCGUCUCCAUGGCCAGCUUGAUGAUUCCGCUAAGAAGGUCUCGGCACUGGAGCGCAGUAUCCGGUCUGGAGAGCUGUCGCUUCGCGAUGUACAGGCCAAGUCUCAUGAGGAGCUGUACGACCUGAUCAACUCACAGGAGCAGUCCCGUCGGUCGUUACUCAAAGUCCACAAUGAUGCUCUGGCUGAGUUCAGCGAUGCGAAGUCGCAAUACGAAAAGCUAAAGCGCAACAAGGCAUCCAUUGAGGUCGAGCUCCGUGAUGCCCGAUCUGAAACCCAAGAGCUACAAUCAGCUAGGGAUCAAGACAUGGCCAGCCGUAACCAACUUCUCCAGGAAUUCUCCGACCUGCAUAUUCGUCUGGAUGCUGAGACAUCACGAAGUGCUGAUCUUGAAGCGAGCCUGAGCUUGUUCAAGAGCCGCUCUAAUGAGUAUUUCCGCAAGCUCGAGCAAGCUGAGAUCACCGUUCUCAAGGCAUCGCGUGCUGAACAAUUUGCCAAGGCUCGAUGCCAGGAGGCUGAAGACACUAGUGCCCAAAUCAUGUCUGAGCGAAAGGAGAUGGAUGCCCUUGUGGAGGACUUGCAGCGCCAGAGUCAAUCCUUGGAAGCCCGAAUGGAAGACCAAGCUGCCGAGCUUCAGGGAGCUCUGCAAGCCAAGCAACGCCUUCAGAACGAGCUCGAAGACUACCGCAACCAGCGGGCUAUUGACAUCGAGGACAAAGAAACCUCCAUGGAGCAGACCCGGCAAAAGUACCAGCGCGAGUUCUCGACCAUUAAUGGUGAGCUUGAGAUGGAGCGUGAGCGGCUACUCAAUGUUCGUGGAGAAAACUCCCGCCUCCGCGAAGAGCUUGAGGAUCUUCGGAGCAAAUGGGACAACGAAGUGCUCAACAGCUCCACUUGGGCCAAGGAGAAAGCCCGCUUGGAACUUGUCAUGCAAGAUAUUACUAACUCUCGCGAGGAGGCUGCCAGUGCACACCACGAGGCUCAGAGCAAGGUUGUGUCGCUCCUCUCUCAGGUGCGGACUCUUCGCUCUUCUGUCGACGAUGUCACGGCAGAGCGUGACCUGCUUUUGAAGGACAAGAAGAUGCUUGAAGCUCGCCUGGCCGAAGCUGGUGAGCGUCUCGAGGAUCUGGCGAAGGGUGAAAGUCCCUCUAUGCGCGACGCCGCCAGCAUGGAUCGCGAGCUUCUCGAGCUCAAAUCCAAACUUGCGCAACAGGAAGAUGUCUCCUCCGCAGCUGUCGGCAAGAUGCGUCGCGCCGAUGCUCUCGCUACUGAAAUGCAGAAGGAGCUUACUGCCGAGCGCGAAACCAAUGAGCAGCUCUUCAAGGAUAAGGCUGGACUUGAGAAGCAGCUGAAGGAGGUGCAGCUUCGCUGUGUCGACCUGGAGACCAAGGGUUACUCUUCUGGUAGCCAAGAUGUGCGGUUCUUGCACAAGCGUAUUAAGGAGCUUGAGACCCAUCUCGAGAACCAGGAGAACAAGCAAACUGCUGAGCAGCGCUCUCUUCGCAAUGUCGAUCGUACCGUCAAGGAUCUGCAAUCUCAAAUUGAUCGACGGGACAAGAUGAACACCCAGCUUACUGAUGAUGUCAACAAGGCUCGGGAUAAGAUCGAAAGGCUCCUCAAGAAUAUUGAGGAACUCCAGCAAGGCGACACCGAGAUACAAUUCCAGGCUCGCCGUGCAGAGCGUGAACUUCGCGAGGAGCGCGAGAAGGUACUGCACCUGGAACGUGAGUUGGAAAAUUUCAGAGCGCUGCGGGUUGAGAGAACCAGCACCAUUGGUCGUUCUUCCAAGGCUGUGCUCGGCGAUGCGGGCAGUCGACGCGGCAGUGCUGCGUAUGGAUUUAAUGAGACAACGCCCCAGCGGAAGCCCAGCAACACCAAGGGCUUCCUGUGA